AUGGCUCCCCAAUUGAUGCCACGGUUCUCGACCAUCUUCCUCCUCUUCGCCGCCUUCCUCCUCCACCACGUCUCAGCAUACACCCCUCUCUCUGAUACGACUCUGAAGAAUCUUCCCUCCCCCGGUACCGACUUCGAUAUUCACACCGGCGCCCUCCUUGCGCCCAUCCUCAUACCCCGCGUCCCUGGUACCGAAGGCUCCACAAAGGUCCUCAACCACUUCGUCGACUUCUUCCAGACCCACCUUCCCAAAUGGACCGUCGCCUUCCAGAACUCUACCUCCAAGACCCCCGCCACCGGCUCUCGCGAUGUUCCGUUCGUCAACCUGAUCCUGACGCGCGACCCGCCAUGGGCACAGCCGGGCAACGUCGGCCGUCUCGCUCUCGUCGCCCACUAUGACAGCAAGGUCGAGCCAAAGGGCUUCAUCGGCGCAACGGAUAGUGCGGCUCCAUGCGCGAUGAUAAUGCAUGCGGCGCGCAGUGUGGAUGAAGCGCUGACGAGGAAGUGGGAGAAGAUGGUGAAGGACGGCGUGGAUGAGAACAGGGGACAAGAGCAGGGUCUGCAAAUACUUUUGCUGGAUGGGGAGGAGGCGUUUGUCGACUGGACGGACACGGAUUCGCUCUAUGGCGCGAGAUCCCUUGCGGAAGCGAUGCACGCCGAGCCCCACCCCGCUCUCUCUAUCUACCGCACCCCUCUCCAUUCCAUCAGCCUCUUCAUGCUACUCGACCUGCUUGGCGCCCCUGGCCCUGCGGUCCCCUCCUACUGGAAAACCACCCACUGGGCCUACAAGCACAUGGCGACGCUAGAAUCCCGCCUCCGCUCUCCUGCGAUCGCCACCGCAAAGUCCACACCCGCCACUCCCUUUCUCGUCGACGCCGAAAAGAAGAACGGCCCGUGGCUUGGGCCUAUGAUGCAGGAUGACCAUGUGCCGUUCCUCAAGCGCGGCGUCGAAAUCCUGCAUCUUAUCCCCCACCCGUUCCCGGACGCGUGGCACAAAAUCACGGAUGAUGGCGAGCACCUUGACCCAGCUAGCGUAGAAGACUGGGCUAUGAUCACCACGGCAUUUGUGGCGGAAUGGAUGGAUCUCGAGGGCUAUUUUCCUGCGGCAAAGAAGCAGGUUGGAAGAGCGGCGGAAGAGGCAGGCAGGAAGACUGAGCUGUGA